AUGGUAAACACACCACCACUUCCCCGCGCCGAUGAUAUCGACGCCACCUGGAAGUACAUUGAGGACGGCGUGGGCCAGGUGCUCCGGGAUGACCUGGCACACGGCGCAGGGCUGUCAUCGCAGAUGUACAUGAACCUGUACUCGGCGAUCCACAACUACUGCGUUUCGCGAGACAGCAACCGAAGCGUGAGUCUGGCCAGCAGAGGAGGAGUCGGAUCAAGCACGCGGGGCGCCCAGCUGAUUGGCGCAGACCUGUACUACAAGCUCAAGGGCUUUCUGGAAUCGCAUCUCAGCUCGCUGGAGGCUGAGGCCCAGCCCAUGAGCGGUGGCAACCUGCUGCUGUACUACAUCAAGUGCUGGGACAAGUACACGGUGGGUGCGCAGUACAUCAACCACAUUUUCAACUACCUGAACCGACACUGGGUCAAGCGAGAGAGAGACGACGGUCGCAAGAACGUGGUGGACGUCAACACCAUGUGUUUGUGUGCCUGGAAGGAGUGCUUCUUCGAUCCCCUGGAGAAGAAGGUCAUUGAUGCCCUGCUGGAGCAGUUCACCCGGCUGCGAAACGGCGAAUCUACGGGCACCAUCGACAUCCGAAAGGUCGUGUACUCGUUGGUGUCAUUGGGUCUGGACCAGCUUGACAUCAAGCGGGUUAACCUGCAGGUCUACGAGCAGGCCUUCCUGCAUCCUUUCAUCCAGCACACCAAGGACUACUACACCAAGGAGUCCGCCCUGUUCCUCCAAGAGAACACUGUGGUCGACUACAACCGCAAGGCUGAGCAGCGUCUGGCGGAAGAGAAGGGCCGAGUUGACGUCUACCUGCAUCCGUCUUCCGAGCAGCGGGUGAUUGAGACCUGCCACGAGUGUCUCAUCGCCGACCACGCAGAGGUCAUCCGAUCCGAGUUUGGCUCACUGCUCCAGGGCUACCGAGAGGACGACAUUCGACGUGUGCACGUACUGCUGAGCAAGGUGGACGGCGCCUUGGACCCUAUUCUGCCCGUUUUCGAGUCCUACGUUAAACAGGAAGGAGAGAAUGCUGUCAAACAGCUGGCCAAGGACCUCACUGGCACCGUCGACGCUUCGACUUACGUCGACACACUCAUUGGUGUCUACGAGCGCUACGUGCAUCUGGUGGAGGUGGCCUUCAGCAAUCACACAUCGUUGCACAAGGUUCUGGACGCUGCAUGUUUGGCCUUCAUCAACAAGAACGCUAUUGCCACUCCAGAUUCGCCUAGCAACAAGUCCCGCGACUCCAAAACCCCAGAGCUGCUGGCUUCCUACUGCAACACGCUACUUAAGAAGACCACCAAGACCACCGAGGACUUCGAUCUCGAGGCGAAGCUCGAGAACGCCAUUGUCAUUUUCCGGUUCCUGGAAGAAAAGGACGCCUUCCAGAAGCAUUACACUCGUAACCUGGCCCGACGUCUUGUCUACAACUCGUCUGCAUCCGACGAUGCCGAGCGGUCCAUGGUCAACAAGCUCAAAAACGAGUGCGGUAUGGAGUACACGGGCAAGCUCAACAAAAUGUUCCAGGACAUUUCCGUAUCAGGCGAGCUGCAGGAGGAGUUCAAGGAGCGAGUACAACAGAAGCGACAGGACGCGGCUGCCUCAGGCGGAGAGGCCAAUCUCGUCGACUUCUCGCCAACCAUCAUUGCCGAGGGAUGCUGGCCACUGCCCUCCGUCAAGGACGGCUUCCGACUGCCCAAUGACCUCACCAAGACGUACGAGGCGUUCACCCAGUACUAUCAGGCAAAGCACCAGGGCCGAAAGCUCAAGUGGCUGUGGAACUUCACCAAGGGCGAUGUCAAGAUCCACACCAAGGGCUCCAAGAUUGGCUAUUCGGUAACAGCCUCCAUCUACCAGAUUGCCAUUCUUCUGGCCUACAACGACGCCGAUGUUCUGUCUGUGGCCGAUCUGCAGGAGAUCACCGGUCUCAGCAACACAUACCUGCAUGGUUCUCUGCACUUGAUCCUCAAGUCCAAGUUUCUGUUGGUUGAGGGUGUGUCUGGCGACCCCAAGGACGUGGAGCUCACGCCUGAGACGCGAAUCGUCUUCAACCAGGACUUCAAGUCCAAGAAGAUCCGAAUCAACAUCAACGGAGUCAUCAAGACGGAGGCUAAGGCUGAGGCUGAGGAGACAAAGAAGGCAAUCGAGGAGGACCGAAAGUGGUUCUUGCAAGCCACGAUUGUUCGUGUCAUGAAGGCUCGAAAGACUCUCAAGCAUACUGCGCUGGUUCAGGAAACCAUUGUGCAGUCCAAGAAGCGGUUCCACCCCAAAAUUGGCGAGAUCAAAAAGGUGAUUGACGAUCUGAUUGAGAGAGAGUAUCUGACCCGAAUCGAGCAGGACAAGUACGAAUACGCUGCAUAA